AUGGCGGACCCCUCUGAAUGCAGCAUCAAAGUGAUGUGCCGGUUCCGGCCUCUGAAUGAAGCGGAGAUCCUCCGAGGGGACAAAUUCAUCCCCAAAUUUAAAGGAGACGAGACGGUGGUCAUAGGGCAAGGCAAGCCUUAUGUCUUUGACAGAGUACUACCACCCAACACAAGCCAAGAACAGGUUUACAAUGCUUGUGCCAAGCAAAUCGUUAAAGAUGUACUGGAAGGUUACAAUGGGACUAUUUUUGCAUAUGGACAGACCUCUUCAGGAAAAACCCAUACCAUGGAGGGGAAGCUGCAUGACCAUCAACUUAUGGGAAUCAUCCCAAGAAUUGCACAUGAUAUCUUUGAUCAUAUUUACUCUAUGGAUGAAAACCUGGAGUUUCAUAUCAAGGUUUCCUAUUUUGAGAUCUACUUGGACAAAAUAAGAGACUUACUUGAUGUAUCCAAGACAAACCUGGCUGUACAUGAAGACAAAAACAGAGUCCCAUAUGUAAAGGGGUGCACAGAACGAUUUGUCUCAAGCCCUGAAGAAGUCAUGGAUGUCAUCGAUGAAGGAAAAGCAAAUCGCCAUGUGGCUGUGACAAACAUGAAUGAGCACAGCUCUAGGAGUCACAGCAUCUUCCUGAUCAAUAUUAAACAAGAAAAUGUAGAGACUGAAAAAAAACUCAGUGGAAAGCUUUAUCUGGUUGACUUGGCUGGGAGUGAAAAGGUCAGCAAAACUGGAGCAGAGGGAGCAGUUCUUGAUGAAGCUAAAAAUAUCAAUAAGUCUUUGUCUGCUCUGGGCAACGUGAUCUCUGCCUUGGCAGAGGGAACAAAAACUCAUGUACCAUACCGAGACAGUAAGAUGACCCGGAUCCUUCAGGAUUCUCUCGGAGGGAAUUGCAGAACCACCAUUGUAAUUUGCUGUUCUCCUUCUAUUUUCAACGAAGCUGAAACCAAGUCCACACUGAUGUUUGGACAAAGAGCCAAGACCAUCAAGAAUACAGUCUCUGUGAACCUAGAACUAACUGCUGAAGAAUGGAAGAAGAAGUAUGAGAAAGAAAAAGACAAAAACAAGAGCUUGAAGAAUGUUAUCCAGCAUCUGGAAAUGGAACUGAACAGAUGGAGAAAUGGGGAAGCUGUGCCUGAGGAUGAACAGAUCAGUGCUAAAGACCAGAAGAAUCUGGAGCCCUGUGACAAUACACCCAUCAUAGAUAACAUGACCCCUGUUGUCUCUAGCAUCUCCACAGAGGAGAAGCAGAAGUAUGAUGAGGAGAUAACCUGCUUGUACAGACAGUUGGAUGAUAAGGAUGAUGAAAUUAACCAGCAGAGCCAGCUGGCUGAAAAAUUAAAGCAGCAGAUGUUGGAUCAGGAUGAGCUUUUAGCUUCCACAAGAAGAGAUUAUGAGAAGAUCCAGGAGGAGCUGACUCGUCUGCAGAUUGAGAACGAGGCUGCCAAGGAUGAGGUGAAAGAGGUUCUGCAGGCCCUGGAGGAGCUAGCUGUCAAUUAUGACCAGAAGUCACAGGAAGUGGAGGACAAGACUAGAGCCAAUGAGCAGCUGACUGAUGAGCUGGCCCAGAAAACGACUACCUUGACUGCUACACAAAGAGAGCUGAAUCAGUUGCAGGAACUGAGUAACCAUCAGAAAAAACGAGCUACAGAGAUCCUGAAUUUACUGCUGAAGGACCUGGGGGAGAUUGGUGGAAUCAUUGGCACCAAUGAUGUGAAGACGUUAGCAGAUGUGAAUGGAGUGAUUGAGGAGGAGUUUACCAUGGCCCGGCUGUACAUCAGUAAGAUGAAGUCAGAGGUGAAAUCCCUGGUGAACCGGAGUAAACAGCUGGAGAGUGCACAGAUUGAUUCCAACCGGAAGAUGAAUGCCAGUGAACGGGAGCUUGCAGCUUGCCAGCUGCUAAUCUCACAGCAUGAAGCAAAAAUCAAGUCUCUGACAGAUUACAUGCAAAACAUGGAGCAAAAGAGGAGACAGCUGGAGGAGUCCCAGGACUCACUCAGUGAAGAGCUGGCUAAGCUCCGUGCCCAAGAAAAAAUGCAUGAAGUCAGCUUCCAGGACAAAGAAAAGGAACACUUGACCCGGCUUCAGGAUGCAGAGGAAAUGAAGAAAGCAUUGGAGCAGCAAAUGGAGAGUCAUAGGGAAGCCCACCAGAAGCAGCUGUCCAGACUUCGAGAUGAGAUUGAAGAGAAGCAGAAAAUCAUUGAUGAGAUUCGAGAUUUGAACCAGAAGCUGCAGCUGGAACAAGAGAAAUUGAGUUGUGAUUAUGACAAACUGAAAAUAGAGGAUCAGGAGAGAGAGAUGAAAUUGGAAAAGCUGAUAUUGCUCAAUGACAAAAGGGAGCAAGCAAGAGAAGACCUUAAAGGAUUAGAGGAAACUGUGUCCAGAGAACUACAGACUCUUCAUAACCUUCGAAAGCUCUUCGUCCAGGAUCUCACCACCAGAGUUAAAAAAAGUGUUGAACUGGACAGUGAUGAUGGAGGGGGAAGUGCUGCUCAGAAGCAGAAAAUUUCCUUUCUUGAGAACAACUUGGAACAACUUACUAAGGUUCAUAAACAGCUGGUUCGUGAUAAUGCAGAUCUUCGUUGUGAGCUUCCUAAGCUGGAGAAAAGACUUCGUGCUACGGCGGAGCGAGUCAAGGCACUGGAGAGUGCACUGAAGGAAGCCAAGGAGAAUGCCAUGCGUGACCGCAAGCGAUACCAACAGGAGGUAGAUCGCAUCAAAGAGGCGGUGAGAGCCAAGAAUAUGGCAAGAAGAGCCCAUUCCGCUCAGAUUGCCAAGCCAAUCCGUCCAGGUCAUUACCCUGCAUCCUCACCAACAGCUGUACAUGCCAUUCGAGGAGGAGGAGGCGGGUCAUCUGCCUACUACCAGAAAUAAACAAGAAAUGUGACUCCAUUUAGCAUGUCAAAGACUGCAUUUAUUCACCAAUUCCUUUCUUCUCCUACAUGAUCUCCAUUUUCUUUUAUACACGCUUCCUCCAGCCAUCUGCAGUACAUCAAUUUCAGGUAUUUUGAACUGUGUAGAAUCUCCACGUGUACAGAAGUGUGUUUGGACUCACCCUUCCCUCAGAAACCUGAACAAUGUAUUUACCAUCUCCACCUAGAUGACAGCAGAAAGUUCACCACUUAGAAUCUCUACCACUGACUCUUGGCGCUGGCUACCUUAUUUAUGGGCUUCUCCGCUGGCACCAAGCCUUUCAGCAGUACUCUCAUGCCUGUAAAUCCCACUUCUCUGUAUCUGAGGUAACACUGCA